AUGAAAUUUUUUAAUAAUGUAAUUAUAUUUUUAAUAGUAUGUGCUGCUUCAUUUAUCAAUUGUCAAGAAACUCCAAUUUUUAAAGCAUACAGACCAACUGCUGAGGGAGUUGAAGGACAAGCGGUAGAAGGAUGGACUAUAUUUUGGUUAUAA